AGUGUCUCCAAGUAGGCUGUGAAAAUUGCUCGAGCUUGAAUGUUCAGUCUAGAAGCACAGUGUUGGGACAACUGAACUCCUGGCUAGUAAGCCGAAAAGUGGACUCUUUGACCGAAUUCCUUCUUAUUUUGGUUCAGGAAGCAUUGCACAAUAUGCAGAAAGGGUGCAGAGAAUAACAACGUGUUACAGAUUGCGCACUAAACAACUUAUUUUACUAUAUGUCAGCUAGCUACAUCGUGUCAGGACAGUCUAACAGCUGGAAUAUCUGUUAAAGUAUUGGGACUGAUUUCGAAUGGAAGCUCGUCGAAGCAUAUUGUUAGUAACUGCGUAGCAGACAUCUGUGACUGGAUUUUAUUGACUGCUUUCUAUAUUAACCAGUUAUCCUCUUUAUUACACACUCGUGUUCUCAUCAUUCGCCUUCGACGAGAAAUCUCAGACUGGAUGGUACUAUCAGCCGAAAUCGGUCUGUUCGAAUCUGGGAAAUUUUCUUGGCUCACGCAAGGAGUGACCGCGGAUGCUAUUUACACCGCAAGGACUGUCGAAGACUCCAAACUAUCCACAUUUGAAUGCCUUUGCAAGGAAUUGGUUGGUUUCUGUGCUGCAGGCAGGGGUUCAGUUUGCUAGGACGGGACUAUGGGGAGAAAGAGGAGGAAGAAUCUUUUGAGUUGCGCUCCAAGGACGAGACGGCGUGCAACGGGAGGGGCCCGCUGGAGGUGACUCUCUCUCAGCCUACACGGACAGCCAAUGGACCAAGCAGCCUUUCAGAGGUCCCAGACGAGAUGAGGAGUCUUAUCAUCGAGAAGAGCAAGAUGGGGUUUGAAGAGGACCCAGAACUGGUUGUCAAAGGUUGGCUGUACCGGGACGUGCGAGGAGGCUGGAUCCGACAGCGGCGAAACUGGUUCGUGUUGACCCAGGACUCCCUGGACUACUACACCGGUCAGGAGAAGAAUGCCCGGAGGCUGGGCACCUUGGUGCUCACUAACCUGUGCUCCGUCAUCUGGCCUGACAAGCAGACCUACAAGGAGACUGGUUUCUGGAGCAUAACAGUGUACGGGCGCAAACACUGCUACCGGCUGUACACCAAACAUUUCAACGAGGCUGUGCACUGGGCCUGUGCCAUCCAGAAGGUCAUCGACGGCAAGGCCCCAGUUGAGACACCCACCCAGCUACUGAUUCGAGACAUUGAGGAGAACAAGUUUAACCUGGAGGUUGUGGAGCAGAUCUACCAACACAACCCCAUCCUGAAGUAUACUCAAAACCCCCUGUAUGCCCCGCUAUUGCCUUUCCCCUAUGGCAGCCUGGACCAUACCUACCAAAAUGGGAAGGGCUACACCACCCUACGGGACGAGGCCGUGAAGGUGUUCAAUUCACUGCAGCAGCUGGAGACGGCACGGGAGCCCGUGCCGCUGAUCCAGGGAGUGCUACAGACGUGCCUGGACUUGCCCCCGCUGCGGGACGAGGUCUACUGCCAGCUGGUGAAGCAGACCAGCGGAGCGCCCACGCCCGACAUGCCCGCACACCUGCGGUACUGGCAGCUGCUCACCUGUAUGAGCUGCACCUUCCUGCCCGGGGCGCCCGUGCUCAAAUACCUGCGCUUUCACCUCAAAAGAGUCCAGAGCCUGCAUCCAGAUACGGAGAUGGACAACUAUGCGUCCUUCAUCGCAGAAGCCCUGGAGAAGACGCGGUGCCGGGAAUUUGUGCCUUCCUGGGAGGAGAUUCAGGUUCUGAUGAGCCGGCAGGAGAUGAUGUGCACAGUGCACUACCCCGGACCGGGGUCCUGCCAGGUUCCCAUCAGCUCCCACACCACAGCCGAUGAGCUGGUGAAGAAGAUGUUGGAGCGGCUGGGGUUGCAGCACAGCCACAACACCUUUGCUCUUUUUGAGCAAAGCGCACACUGGGAGCGACCAGUAGGAGGCAGCACCAUCAUUGCUGACAUCCUGACCAGAUUUGAAAACCUUUCCACCAAGGAACCUGAGUCAGAUGCUCAGUGGAGUCUCUGCUUCAAGUUGUACUGCUUCCUGGACACAGAAAGCAUCCCUACCGACAGCAUUGAGUACACGUUCCUCUUUGAGCAGGUUCUUAUGUCCACUGUUUCAUACAGGGUGAAUAGGAGGUGUGAUGCGUUGAUCAGAUGCCAAGUGAUUGACAGGGUCCUUUCCUUGCAGUGCCACGAGAUGAUGGUGAGGGGUCACCUCCCAGCCUCGGAAGAGGACCUGCAGGCCCUGGCCGCCCUGCGGCUCCAGUCUCUAAUCGGGGACUUCAGCACCCAUUCCCCUUGCCCGUCCUUGGAUGAGCUUUUCCCUGGCCACGUGGUAGAGGCACGGGUUCUGCUUGCCCUCAAGACCCCCCAACCCCCUUCGUCCACGGCCCCCGCCCCCCAGGCACCACCCUCCGGCUGCCCCCAGCGCUUCCCCAACGGCCUCCUCACUGGGGCGCUGUGGAGCCACACGGCUGCCCACAAGCAGAAGGCAGAGCAGGACCUGCGCCUGCGGGGCCGACUGAAGGAGGAGGGCGCGCUGGUGAUGGGGGCCAUCGUGGAGCGCUGGAAGAGCCUGGCAGGGUCCAGCCGGCAGGAGAGCAUGGCCGCCUACCUCACAAUCGCUCGGCAGUGGCCCGGUUUCGGCUGCACGCUGUAUGAGGUAGACUUCUACAUUAGCUCCACAGGCUGUUUUUCACAGAAGUUGUGGUUGGCAGUGGCAGCAAAGUCAGUGUCACUUUACAGGCAGGGGGAUGCAGAGGCCUUGGAGUCUUUCCCCUAUGGACAAAUCUGUUCCUAUGGAGUAUCCGACAGCAGCACCUUCAAGAUCACCACUGGGGACCGAGAUCUGCUGUUCGAGACCAGUAAGCUGACAGAAAUUAUGCAGCUGAUGAAUGCCUACUUCAGUGCAGCGUGCCGACAGCGGAUGCAAGGCGGUGGGACUGAGACUGAGGAAGGCUUUUGUUACACCCCCAGCGUCCUGGAGGUGCCCUCGCACCCAGUCUGAGGUGACCGCCCCACGAACCACAACGCUGAGACUGUUUGAGCACCGAGCUUUGUCUGCGUGGAGGACGGAACAACAAACAAACAUUAGGGUGUUGACCUAUUCAGCUAAAACAAUACAGUUCACCAAGCUGUCAAACUCAACAGUGGGGGUGGGGGGGGGGAACGGCGAGCCAAGCCAGAAAUUGACAGAACAAUGUUCUCACGAAGAGCAGGAGAGAUGUGCAUGCGACACGUUUCUCUGCCCAACUCGGCUCACGUGGGACGUUAUUGUGCUGGACAGCACAUGAUCACCGUCCUUACAUAUGGAGAAUGGAGAAGGAAAAAAAACACAAAUUCUUGACCUUGGGGUCCUGCAGAGCUUCCAUCUCCAGAAGCUGAUGGCUCUACAAAUUCCAGUGAUUUCAGUGCGUACUGUACACACUGAAGUCAGUAAGUCAUUUCUCAUCAUCAUCGGCACGUGACUUUUCCCUCCGAAAUGCCCAUGGUGCGAAUUGACGCUGGGUGGGGGGUGGGGCGAGGGAAUGAAAUGGCUAUUUUCCUUCAGUGUGGGUGAUGUGUAGCAGAAAACACUGAAGUAGAGGACCCCGGAAUGACGGCACAGGAUUAAUCUUUCUUUACAGAAUUCCCUUCACAGAGCUGCUCGUUCAAGGUCUGGUCAAGCUGAAGGAAAACACACUGACACUUUGGCUAAUGGUCUGUUUUUCAUCCCGCAACACCAGAUGUAUUCUUUCCAGUAUGUGGCAAUGACUGUAACAGAGCGACAGCAUUAAGCACUAAUCUCACCUCUCCCCAGCCUAACAAAGUGCAUUAAUUCUACCAUCUCCUGUCUGCUGACACUUAAAAUGACUUUGCAGCUUACAUAACCUCUUACGAGAGUUGAUUGGAAUGACUGAAGUUUGGAAAGCUGGGACUGACUGAUCUUCACCAACCUGUACCACAGAGGCUCAGUACUCCUGUCAGGACAUGCACACACUCGACUGUUUAAUUGGAAUUCUGUUUUGUACACACAUAAAUGUCAUAAUCACUACUUGUACAAAAUCUGAAAAUGCACCUCUGCCCACAAAUGCCGUCUUUUGUCUGCUGAACUUUCACAAUGUAGCUGUAGCUUUUUUUUGUUAUUAAUAUUAUUUAUGAAUAUGGUGGUGUUGUGUUGAGUUUUUUUUAAUUUUACUUUUUAAUAUUUAAUUUUGCCGUUUUUUGUAUGUCUUUAUAAGGACCUAUAUUAUAUACAAAAAUUAUUCUUACCAUUUUGAGUAUAAUCCUGGCUUUCAGGGUAACUCGUACCUUUUGUUUUAAAAGUUCAUAGUGCCCUCUGUUGGCAGUGUUUUCUUGAUGCAUUCCAAACGCAACUACCACACAGUGAUAUGGUAAACUGCUGUUGCUUCUGAUCUUUAUCUGGUUUGAAUGAAUCAAACCUCACCCAAAGCAGAAAUUCAUGUGCUAUUGCCAGGACCAAAGAAAAAGUGUGGAUCUCUCCGAAUGACACACUGAGGAUGUUUCCCUGAAGCUAGUCUUUCCGCAACUACAUUGUCAACAUCCACUGCUUAGUUCACUGUCCGUCAUUGCCCAUAUAUUAGUAAUGUGGUUCUUGAGGAGAGUGGGCUAUAUUUAAUAAUUUUACAAUUCAUUCAUUUUGUGUCCCCCUCUGUAAUAAAAAUAGCAAAAGGUUGA